GGGGAGGGGGAAACGGGGCCGCCGGGGCACCUGGAGGGGGUCACCGGCACCGAGACGGGGGGACCGGCACCGGGGGGGGGGACCGGCACCGGGGGGGGGGGUGUCGGCACUGUGGGGGGUACCGGCGGGGGCUACCGAUACCGGGAGUACCGGCGCCCUGCAGGGAGGUGAGACGUGCACCGGGAGCUGCGGGGGGGAGGCGGGGGGAGCUCCGGGGGAGCACCAGCCGCGGGGGCUGCCGCCCACGGCGGGCUCCGGGUUACGGGGGCCACUACCCGUGGGGCGACUCGCCAUGGGGCUGCUAGCCGUGGCUGUGUUACUACCGACAAGGGGCUAGUAGCCAUGGGUCUGUUACCCAGGGGGGGCUACUAGCCACAGAAACCACUAGCCAUGGGGGUGUUACCCAUGGGGGGGCUGCUAGCCAUGGGGGGCUAGCCUGGGGGGCUAGUAGCAUGGGGACAGGUAGACACAGGAGCUGUUAGCCCCCGUCUGCAGGUGUGUGUGGCCCGUGGGAGCAGCGGGACCUGCUUCGCCACCCCGAGCAUCCCGGGGCUGCGCCCACCGGGGUCUCCCCACGGCCCCUCCAUCUUCCCACACACGUGGGGGCCGCUUUGUUGCUGUCAGGGGCUGGAGGAUGCGGCUGCCGGAGCGAGGGGGUCCCACACCUCGGCCACGGUGGGAACUUGACAGGGACCAGAGCUGCUUGGGCAGGGGCAAGGCUCGGGGAGGAAGAUCCAUCCUCCCCAGAUGGCUCCCGAAAGGAAAGGGUUUUUUUUUCCAGCUGAUGUAGCCCGGUGGAUCGGCCGACUGCGGGCAGCCAGCAUCGCCGGGAGAAGACGCCGUCGGCAGCGCGUGUCUCGCCCCGUGCCCACCACCCGCCAGGCCAUGAAGACGGAGAAGGACGAGGCUGUGCCCACCUUCUCCCUGGGGGGUAAAUACGCCGGAGAGGGGGCAGGUUGCAGCGAAGCAGGUCUUCCCGGCGGCCCGAUGCCGGUGGCGGGGAGCGGAGGGACCCCAAGCCAGGACCUGCGGCCGCUGAAGCGCAGACCUGUCCCAGGGAAGCACUACCAGUGCUCGAGCUACGGCUGCAAACUGGCCUUCCCCAGCAUGCAGGAGCUGAUGGACCACCUGAAGGUCCACUACAGACCCACGCAGUCCCUCGAGGGCAAAACCUUCCAGUGCCCCACGCUGGGCUGCGCGGAGACCUUCCCCAGCAUGCAGGACCUCAUGGCCCACAUGAAGGUGCACUACAAGCCGAACCGCUACUUCAAGUGUGAGAACUGCAUGCUGCGCUUCCGAACCCACCGCUCCCUCUUCAAGCACCUGCACGUCUGCUCCGACAGCGCCAGCAGCCCCGCGCCGCCCCCCAAGACCGACAAGCCCCUCCUGCCCGCUACCUCCGCCCUGGAGAAGGAGCCCCCGGCCAAGCCACCCGAGGGGCUGCCCAAGCUCCAGAGCGUUAUCCGACCCCCGGAGAAAGAAGCCAUCCUCCCCGGCGCGGACACUGCCCCGGCGGCCCCCGCCGCGCUCCCCGCCAGCCCCCCCGAGCUGCCCGGCUCGCUGGAGGCGCUGCCGCUGGUCUCGCCGGCCCCCCACCCCUUCCCGCUGCUGGAGCCCAGCCUUUUCGGGCCGUCGUCCUUGACUCGGUUCUCGGGGCCGCCCCACUCCUCGGUGCCGGGACCGUUCCUGUCCUACGUGCACCCUUCGCCCUACAGCUUGCCCCAGCCCCCGGCGCAGCAUCGCCUCCGGCCCUACGUGCCGGGCCACGGCCCCCCCGUCUCCAACGCCGUCUGGAAGAAAAGCCAAGGUGUGAGUGUCAGCCCACUCCUCCCAUGCUUUGGCUCAGGAGUGACUCCAGGGCACUCCUCCAACAGCCGCAUCGUGUGGGAGCACACGCGGGGCCGCUACACCUGCAUGCAGUGCCCCUACUCCACCGCCUCCCGCGAGGAGAUGACCCUGCACAUCGAGGACCACCGCAAGAACCCCCCCCAGCCCGGGCGCCUGGACGCAGACAUGGAUUUCGGGGUGGGCAUCGCCUCCUUCCACGCCAAGCUGACGCCGGAGAUGGAGAACUCCCUGUACUCCCAGCUCUGAUGCCCCCGGCUCCCGUGGGACUGCUCCUACUCCUCCCUAUCCUUCCCCCCCGCCACCAGCCACGCAGGGGGGCACCGCACAGCCCCAUGCCACCGCACUGGGACAGGGACCCCCUUCCCGGGCACCGAGAGCAUCCUCCAGCGCUGGGUGCGGGGUGGGGGGCGGAGUGGUUGUUUUUUUUUUUUCUCUGGAAUUUCUACCCUCCCUUUUAUGUUCAGAAACUCUGAACCCCCGGCACCCCGCGUCUCCCUCCCCGAACGGUUUCGUUGCUUCAGCUCCAGGGGCUCCGGGGGAGGGCCGGGGUGGGGGGGGCCCGUAGGUUGCUCAGGAGUUAGUGGACUUCUCUGGAAUGAGGUCUCAAAAUAAUAAAUGGGAAU